UCAAGACCGCCCAAUGAAAAAAAGGCACUGCAGGAUGUGGGCGGGAAAUCCUAAACAGCUGGUGAAUUGAGAGUGUGGAGCUGGAAACAGUAAUACUAAGCGGGCAUCAUGAGGGAUGCGGUGACUCUGUUGUGGGGGGCUUUAUUGGUGAGACAGGUACUUGGGGAGUAUGGCAUGGCACAUUUCAGUAACAAGGGUAAAAGCAAGGGCAAGGAUUACUGCAUUUUCUUCAAUCCGCAGUGGGCAGGUCUGCCUCAGGAUCUCCACAAAGCGUCCCGGCUCCAGAUUCAUGACCUGACGACCUCAGUGCUGUGCUCGCCCUCUGAGGUGCCCGAAGAGGGGUUCACCAACCGCAUCCCCAUGGUGCUGAGGGGCAACUGCACCUUCUAUGAGAAAGUCAGACUGGCACAGAUCAAUGGUGCCAAGGGUCUGCUGAUUGUCAGCAAAGACAGGCUGACACCACCUGCAGGAAACCAGACUGAGUAUGAAGAGAUUGACAUCCCAGUUGCCCUCCUCAGCUACACAGACAUGCUGGACAUCAGCAAGACCUUUGGGAAGGGGGGAGUCGUCGCCAUGUAUGCGCCUCAUGAGCCAGUCUUGGACUACAACAUGGUUAUCAUCUUUCUCAUGGCUGUGGGCACAGUGGCCAUUGGGGGCUACUGGGCAGGCAGCAGGGACAUCAAAAAGCGGUACAUGAAGCACAAGCGGGAUGACAGCGCUGAGAAACAGGACGAGGAGACGGUGGACGUCACUCCGAUCAUGAUCUGUGUGUUCGUGGUCAUGUGCUGCUCCAUGCUGGUGCUGCUCUACUUCUUCUAUGAUAGGCUGGUGUACAUGAUCAUUGGGAUAUUCUGUCUGGCAGCCUCCAUCGGGCUCUACAGCUGUCUGUGUCCGUUUGUGCGCAGACUCCCCUUUGGGAAGUGCAGGAUCCCGGAAAACAACUUGCCCUACUGUCACAAGCGGCCCCAGAUACGCAUGCUGAUGCUGUCCGUGUUCUGCACGGCUGUCAGCCUCACCUGGGGAGUGUUUCGCAAUGAGGACCAAUGGGCUUGGGUUCUGCAGGACACUCUGGGAAUUGCCUUCUGUCUCUACAUGCUCAAAACAAUCAGGUUGCCAACUUUUAAGGCCUGCACUUUACUGUUGGUUGUGUUGUUCGUCUAUGAUAUCUUCUUCGUAUUUAUAACUCCACUCCUCACAAGCGAUGGGGGAAGUAUUAUGGUAGAAGUAGCAGCAGGUCCUUCAGAUUCCUCUACUCAAGAAAAACUUCCAAUGGUGCUGAAGGUGCCCAGACUGAACUCCUCCCCCUUGGCUCUGUGUGACCGGCCAUUCUCUCUCCUGGGUUUUGGGGAUAUCUUAGUGCCAGGCCUUCUGGUGGCCUACUGUCACAGGUUUGACAUUGUGAUGCACUCCUCAAGGAUCUACUUUGUGGCCUGCACCAUUGCUUAUGGAAUUGGUCUUCUCAUCACCUUUGUGGCACUGGCUCUGAUGCAGAUGGGCCAGCCUGCCCUUUUGUACCUGGUGCCUUGCACUCUCCUCACAAGCCUGGCAUUGGCACUGUGGCGCAAGGAAUUACGCAUGUUCUGGACAGGAAGUGGCUUUUUGAAGGAUGAGCCCCAGCCCCCAGUCAUCGCACCCAUCAGCUGCACUCAAACGCCAGAGCAGUCCACUGAAAAACCAGUAGCCAAUCCUGAGCCACAGGGUGCUGAAGCCUCCAAUCAGAGUGCAGACCCUCCUCCACUGGAGGAGGGGGACGUGCCCAAGGAUGAAGCGGGCCAAUCUGAAUAAAGGACAAUAAUAUAGAACGCCAGGUCCUUAUGCUUUUUUUUGUUUUGCUUUCUUAUGUAAAAACUGAGUAUCAGUCCUACAAUUGAGAAGGCAUCGGUGUAUAGCAAGCUAUGAAGACAGUGCACUUAGCAUUAAGGUAAGGAAAGGUGUAUAUACCUUCACUGGCAGAAAAACAUAUAGAAACAUUAAUCUGUGAGGCAUUUAGGCCCAGGGAUGUGUAGUGGAUAGAUAUUGGCCCUAACUGAAACACACUCACACACAAUGACAGCCAUUACCAGUAAGGCUCCAUGGGUUUCUGUUAACAUGCAUUUAUGUCACUGACAGAGAUGGAGGAGUGCAAUGCCAUCAGCUAUUAACAUGCUUUCCUGACUCAGCCCAUCUCAACCUGCCCAUCACUGCCUCCAUUCACAGGUCUCACAUGUACUUGUGUCUUAGCAAUAAUCCCCAUACAGACUGCCUCUCACUCACAGAACCCUUUGACCUGAAAACACAGUUUUCCUUCCUUUUGUCAAAAUAGUUUUUUA